CAAGAGGCACAAAGGCCAGGGGGUUCUCAAACACACAUACAUGGAGGUAAUAUUUUCUGCUGCUAUGGGUGAGCUUGCCAGUAGAUCCAUAUCUUUCCUGGUGGACAGAUACCUGAAGCAGCGGUCAGCGGAGGCAACCGAGGAGGAGAGGCUGCACAGCCUGCAACGGCUGCUACUGCGGCUUCAUGUCGUCGUCAAGGAGGCAGAUGACCGGCUCAUUACAAACCAGGCCAUGCUGCAUCAACUCAGCAUACUGAGACAGGAGUACAGGGGGUAUUACACCCUCGAUAUGUUCAGUUGCCGAGCACAUGAAGAUGACAGGACAAAAGAUUACUCUUUUGCCCCAUCUAAGUUCAACCCUGCAAAGCGUGUAUGUUUCUACAGUGGCAACAGUGAAGGUGCAGCACAGGCUGAGCUGCUGGAGCAAGUUAUUUGCAGCUUGCGGAACACCAUUGAAGAUGUGAGUGAGUUCGUCAUGUUUCUAAACAGCUACCCAUGUCUGCACCUUCAACCGUACAACAUGUAUCUGCUGCUGGACAAAUGCAUGUUCGGACGCCAAAUGGAGAUGGAACUUGUGAUGAACUUCCUGUUGCAAGCAGAGACUGCUCCUGGCACUGCUGAUCAUCUGGCUGUCUUGCCAAUCAUUGGUCCCAGGAAAGUUGGAAAGAGCACCCUGGUCGAGCAUGUAUGCAACGAUGAAAGGGUCCGCAACCACUUCUCUCAAAUUUUGUUUUUGAAUGGAGAUGAUCUUAAAGAUGCAAGUGUAGAGACCCUAAGAGAUGGAGGUAGAAUCAAGCAUAAAAACCGUGUGGUGGGUGGUGGAAGGACAUUGAUCAUCAUUGAGCUACUUCUGGAUAUUGAGGAGCCUGUAUGGAAGAGGUUGUAUUCAGCUGCGAAAAGUCGCAUCAUGAGUGGAAGUAAGAUGAUAAUUGUGAGCCGCUCUGACAAGAUCGCAAGCUUUGGAACCACAGAACCCCUCAGAUUACAGUUCUUGACUCAUGAAGCAUACUGGUACUUCUUCAAGGUGCGUUCCUUUGGGAGCACGAGAGCAGAGGACCACCCGAAGCUCGCAUCAAUGGCCAUGGAGAUGGUCAAUUUGACGAGUGGGUGCUUCAUGUCUGCAAACAUCGUCAGUGGAAUACUGAAACCAAAUUUUAACCCCCAUUUCUGGAGCAUGGUGCUUGCAGUCCUCAGGAAUUUGAAGAAGACAAACAUGUCAGUGUAUGGGGAUCGUUUCACUCUUCCUUGGAAGAUGGCGGAGCCAACUUAUCUCAGGAGGGUGAAUAAAAAUUCUUCUGAAUGUGUCGUGUUGUUUCUUGACUACGAGACAUGUUCUGCUGAAACUGGACCUGAAGCUCUCAGGAUGAUGAGCGCGCAAGAUCUUCUCUUUGGAAGUGUGAGGCUUCCAGGGAAAUUCAAGGUCCAUGCAUGGACAUCCCACCUGCCGCCUCACUACAGCUACAUCGUUCACUGUGAGGUACAGAGGCCACAUCGCAUGGUCACAAGUAACAAGCGUUUUCAGAAGAGUAGUGGCUAAUUAAAUUGUCUAGUCAUUUAUCCAACACUCGAAGCUCAUGCAUGGUUCAUGGUUCACAAAAACUUGAAGAGAAGUAAUCAGAGUAGGUACAGGUUGUGAGAUAAGAGCCUGAGACUGUUCUUCUUUCUGAAAUACCAUUUUCUCUUCUUUUUGGAAAAUUCUGAAAUAGUAUAAAUUUUACUGUUAUUUUUUAUAUCCCAACUGUAAGUAAUAGGCAAUUAGGCACACUGUAUGGGUCAGUAGUUUGGGAAGUUUCUUUGGGUUGCUG